AUGAUGGAGGAGCCUAUGCCAAUGGAAGAGAAGAGCCAGCCAUCAAGCCCUCAUCAAGGAUCUCUCAGGAAGGCAGUGGCUGCUGCACUGGCUCUUGAUGGAGAAGCCACAAUGGGCCGAAGAAAGAAGAAAAAGAAGGAAUCUCGGCCUGAAUCUAUUAUUGUCUACAGGUUAGAAAAUGAGAAAGCAGAUGAGAAACAGGGGGAAUAUGAAGAAGGAGAAUGUUCCGUAGAGGAGGAGGGGGACAAAUUCCUUGGUCAUCCUAUGGCUGAGGGUUUGUGGAACAUGCCCCAGGACAGUCGUUAUGUUACAUUAACUGGCACCAUCACUCGGGGGAAAAAAAAGGGUCAAAUGGUAGACAUUCAUGUUACUUUAACAGAGAAGGAGCUACAGGAAUUGACCAAGUCCAAAGAGUUAAUAAAUGAAGCCACGCCUGAGGGAAAGAAGACCUGCCAAAUAGGAGCUGACAGAGGUCCUCAUGUGGUCUUAUGGACAGUGAUCUGCCUGCCUGUGGUUUUUGUCCUUUCUUUCAUUGUUUCUUUCUACUAUGGGACCAUCACUUGGUACAACAUUUUCCUGGUGUACAAUGAGGAGAGGACCUUUUGGCACAAGAUCUCCUGCUGCCCCUGCCUCAUCCUCUUUUAUCCAGUCCUCAUCAUGGCUGUGGCCUCUUCCCUGGGCCUCUAUGCUGCUGUAGCUCAGCUCUCAUGGUCCUGGGGAGCGUGGUGGCUGGCUGCCCGGGACAUGGAGAAGGGCUUCUGUGGCUGGCUCUGUAGCAAGCUUGGCCUGGAAGACUGCUCACCCUACAGUAUUGUUGAACUGCUUGAGUCGGACAACAUCUCUGGCAGCCCCUCCACCAAGGAUCCCAUACAGGGGGAAGAAACCUCUGCUGUCUAA